AUGUCAUAUAUUAUAAUGGAUUCGUCUCAAUUAUCGACAAGUAACCUCAAGAGAUCAAAGAAACCAAAACCGCUUUUUGGUAUCUUUCGUACAAAGACAAACAACAAACAGAGCCCUUCCUCAACUUCACCACUCGGUUCAGGACUAUCUUCCGCGCCUAUUCACUCUCUAUUGUCUCCUAGCUUAACAACAGAUCAUUCUUCUUCCUUUGAUCCUUAUGCUCCUCCUCCGUUAAGGCCUCUGCCGAAACCUUCCAUGUCAGAUACUAGACGUCCACUUUUCUCACCCCAAUUUCCGCCAAGACAAUUACAACAGCAACAGCAGCAGCAGCAACAAAAUCAUCAACAGCAAAGAAGGCCUAGAUCGAAAUCUGUUGGUAGAGAUCCUUCAGUUACAACACGUUUAUUAAAUGAAAGAGAAAUGGCAUUGAAUAAACUAUGUCAAAAAGAACUAAACAACCCACAGUCGCUGGUCGAUUCACUUCCUCUAUUAUCUUCAACCGUCUCUAAGCCUCCACCUGUCCCUCCUAUUCCUGUAGAGCAUCAAUCUGCUCACACCAUGCGCAAGUUUUCUUCAGCUCACGACCUGCGUAAAACAGCAAGGUUACAACAAGAGGCACUUGAUAAACUGCCUCCUCCACCUGUGCCAAAGACACCAACCACACCCAAAAUAGAUUUAUCUAGAUCAAAGUCCUUAAACUCUUAUAAGCUCCACCCUUCCAAGUCUCAUCAACACUUGAAUUCUAAAUAUACAAAAUGGCCAAACACAGCUACUGCAGCUACAUUUCCAAUACAGUAUCAUAGUAACAGUAACAGCGACGAAGAUGACGAUGAUAUACCAUUAGGGUUCUUACAAUCGCCUAUAAGCAGACCAUCUUCUUUAUUGAAUGAUGAAGAUGAAGAUGACGAUAUUGAUCUAAUACCAAUUGCUAAACUUAAUCAAGACGUACAUAAUUACACUAAUAAUACUAAUAAUGAAGAAUAUCUUACUGCUGCUGAUAAGUAUAAAGAAAAAGUAAAGGAAAGACUACAACUGGAUGAUGACAACACUCCAAUUUCUUUAAGCUUAACGUAUCAUAAGUUUUGAAAUAGCUGCUUUAAAAUCUUAUAUACUUAUAUAUAUAUAUAUAUAUAUUUGAAAAAUAAAGACCAAAUACAUAAAAGAUUCAUAU